CUCGCGUCGCUGUCAGUACGCGGAGUCGCACGGGUUCGCCUAUACUUGGCUAUGCUCAUGGUUUGGAGCUUUCACUAAAAUUGAUGAAUCCCACCUGCAUGCUUAUCGCAUGGACUGAGAGGCACGAUCCUGAUGUGAAAGAGGGGAAGAUCCAGAAGAGAGAAACGAUAUCUUCAAUCCAGACACCCACACGACUCCUGACAUUAUCCAUUUCAAGUGUCAGUGGGAAACUGUCAGAAGACUUGAGCCAUGCCCUGCGUCCAGGCUCAGUAUGGAUCAUCGCCUCAAGGAGCCAGUCCUGCUUCCCAGAGCUACAGCUACCACACCGCGGGAGAAUACAGCUGCGACUUCCUAACGCCCGAGUUUGUUAAGUUUAGCAUGGACUUGACCAACACCGAGAUCACGGCCACCACUUCCCUCCCAAGUUUCAGCACAUUCAUGGACAACUACAGCACCGGCUACGACGUGAAACCCCCGUGUCUCUAUCAGAUGCCCCACUCGGGAGAGCAGUCCUCGAUCAAAGUGGAGGACGUGCAGAUGCACAGCUACCAUCACCAGCAGAGCCACCUGCAAACUCAGUCGGAGGAGAUGAUGGCGCACUCCGCCGGGCCUGUGUAUUUCAAACCCCCGUCCUCGCCGAGCACGCCAAACUUCCAGGUCCAGCCUAACCACAUGUGGGAGGACCCGGGCUCCCUGCACACUUUCCACCAGAACUAUGUCGCUUCCCACAUGAUGGAUCACCAGCGCAAGACGCCGGUGACCUCGAGGCUGUCGCUGUUCUCCUUCAAGCAGUCCCCGCCCGGCACGCCCGUGUCCAGCUGCCAGAUGCGCUUCGACGGGCCGCUGCACGUCUCCAUGAACCACGACAACCGAGACCCGGGCUCCCACCACCACCGCGGCCUGGACGGCCAGAGCUUCGCGGUGCCCAUCAGGAAGCAGGCCGGCCUGGCCUUCCCUCACUCCCUGCAGCUGAGCCACGGACACCCGCUGGUUGACAGCCAAGCGCCGUCGCCCCCGUCCCGAGGAUCUCCGUCAAACGAGGGUCUGUGUGCGGUGUGUGGGGACAACGCGGCCUGUCAGCACUACGGCGUGAGAACCUGCGAGGGCUGCAAAGGAUUUUUCAAGCGCACCGUUCAGAAGAAUGCAAAAUACGUGUGUUUAGCGAACAAAAACUGCCCUGUUGACAAACGCAGAAGAAAUCGUUGUCAGUUCUGCCGUUUCCAGAAGUGCCUUGUCGUCGGAAUGGUGAGAGAAGUUGUCCGAACGGAUAACCUGAAAGGACGGAGAGGACGUCUACCAUCCAAGCCCAAGAGUCCGCAGGAACCUUCUCCACCUUCGCCGCCGGUGAGCCUCAUAAGCGCACUCGUUCGUGCCCAUGUGGACUCCAACCCCUCCAUGUCUGCUCUGGACUACUCCAGAUUCCAGGCAAACCCUGACUACCAAAUGACUGGAGACAACACUCAGCACAUCCAGCAGUUCUACGAUCUCCUGACGGGCUCCAUGGAGAUCAUCCGAGGCUGGGCGGAGAAGAUUCCUGGCUUUUCUGAUCUACCGAAGCAAGAUCAAGAUCUCCUCUUCGAGUCCGCCUUCCUUGAACUCUUUGUCCUGCGGCUUGCAUACAGGUCCAAUCCCGUGGAAGGGAAACUUAUUUUUUGUAAUGGAGUGGUGCUACACAGACUACAGUGCGUCCGUGGAUUUGGAGAGUGGGUGGACGCCAUCGUGGAGUUUUCUUCCAAUUUACAGAGCAUGAAUAUAGACAUUUCAGCUUUCUCCUGCAUCGCAGCUCUAGCCAUGGUAACAGAGCGGCACGGGCUUAAGGAACCCAAGAGAGUAGAGGAUCUCCAAAACAAGAUCGUCAACUGCCUCAAAGAUCAAGUGACGUUCAAUGGCGGCGGCUUGAAUCGUCCCAACUACCUGUCAAAACUCCUGGGAAAGCUCCCCGAACUGCGCACUCUCUGUACCCAAGGUCUGCAGCGUAUCUUUUACCUAAAGCUAGAAGACCUAGUCCCUCCGCCUGCAAUAAUUGACAAACUUUUCCUCGACACCCUACCUUUCUGAGUCUGACUCAGUGGCCAAACCUCAAAGAACUUCUAAGACUGUUUGAGUCAAGCUUAACAGAUUAUUGUUUCUGGUUUAUUUCCCCCCCCUCCAUGCUCCGUAGGCUAAUAGAAUAACGUUUAAUGAUUGAGGGUUCGUGGGAAAAAGUAACGGAAAGAAGAGUAAGAGUUUGAUCGCUGUUUAGGCCUUUGCAUUGUUCAUGUUCUUUUAUUUUUUGGAUUUAUUUAAGUGCCAAACAAGUGAACUGUCCCUCCAGUGGACGACAGAGUUGACCUGAUCAUGCAACCAUUUACUGUUUCUUUAACAUCGGCUCUACUGAUUCAUCCAGAUGUAAUAUAUUCCAUUUAUAUAUAAAUAUAUACAGUAUAUAUAAAACACACACGCACACAAACACUGUAUAUUACGAUAGAAUAUGGGAUGCUUCUAAUGCAUCGGUUUAUAAUGUGUACAAAGUUUGUUAUAAUGAAAGAUUGAAUUUUACCUUUCGUUUUGGACUCGUGCCUAUGUGUUUCUGACAGGAUCCCAAGCAUCCAGAUAAGACAACGCAUGUUCCAGUUUUUCAUUUUCAUUUUCUUUUCCCUUUUUCUUUUCUUUUCUUUUAUAGGCACUUGCUGAGGUGAUGUCUAUAUAUAAUAUAUACCGGACACUAUGUAGUCUGCUAGAUUUGAUACAGAUUCGUAGUUAUGGCAUUCCUUUUAUGUAUGGCGCAUAUGUGGAGAAAAAAAAAUCAUCUGUAUAGAAAAAUGAGGGACCCAUGGUGUUUGUAAAACUGUCAGACAUUCCUUGUUUGUAUGUGCUGUAAGUAUUGUUGCUGUUGAAUAUAAACGUUUCUAUAUAUUUAUUAUUUCUAUUGCCAGAAGCUACACUAAGCAUGGUGCAAUUUAAACGAUUUCAAACCCGGGUUCAUGCUGAGCACGUUGUCUAUGUUUUAUGUCUUCUUAACGUCUAAGUAGUUAUGAUUUAACACAUUUGGAGGUGAAGAGAAAAAAGAAAAAAACAAAACAAACAAAAAAAAUCCCCCAUCGUACUGAAGAGAUUCAUGAGUGUGUGAUAUAGGCCUACAUCUUUGGCAUCAUGAUGUAAUUACAACCUGUGUAACGCAUUAGGUGCCGAAUUCAAAAACUUUAGAGAGAAAGAAAUAUUUAAUGUUUACAAAUAAACCUUUUAAAUAAAUUCAUUGCUAAAUAUUUCUCUGAAAUUAAUAUAUACCUUGUAAUAGAUGUUGCAUACUUUGGCACAUCAAUCUUUUUUUUUUCAUUGCGAUUAUUUAGUUGUCCUUUGCUUUGUCAGUAGCGCACAGGCCAUCAUCACAGCAGGAGUUUAUUAACGUUACUAAUAAUCUCCUUUUCUUAUUUCUUCUUAUUAUUAUUUUUAUUUUGAAUCUAAAAUAAUGCACCCAUUUUAGACAAAAAUCUGAACAUUUCGUGAGUGACCGGCAAACUUAGUAGGCCUACUCUUAUUUCAUUUUAAGUUACUCCAUAAACGCAAAUAUGUGUGAUUUUGAUAAUUUCCCACCGUUUUAGAGCUAUACCAAGAGCAAGAAUACGUCAAUCCCGAAUGCCUUAUUUGAGGCAAUCUCCUACAAGUCUUACCUAUGUCUGUCAAUAUUUUUAAUAUUUCAAUAUUGCAAAACGACAAUUUUAUUUACUGGCUGGUGAAUCCUAUUUUUCAUUUUCCAGUCUCUGGAUCUCUGGAUUUGCAGUGACUUAAAAAUGGCAAUCCAGAUUUGGUAUUAAGUAUCUUACAAUUUAACAGUAAUUAAAAAACAAAAAACAAAAAACAGAUUUUCUAAAUCAGCCCAUUCCCCUUGAAGAUCUGUGCAACUUCAGAAAAUUCAACUUUCGUCGGUCUGGAACUGUAACCUGCACAGUCAGAUCAGUACUGAAUUGUUCCAUCGGUUUUCGGACAAUAAAAGGCAACUAGGAACCCGCAGGUGCUAAUACCAGACAAAAGGAUUACAUCUGCAGCUGAAAAGUAGGAUGCACAUGCUUUGUGAAAUGUGAAACCUGCAUGACGCACAGGUAAUGCGACUUUAUAUCGCGCGCAUAUGCGUCAAAUACCUCCAACUGUCUGCGAAAUGCCGAGAUUUCACUUAACAGAAAAGACACGAUGAUGCUCAAACGGAAACUUUCUCGACCAGCUUCAGUCCGCGGCUCAGACUCGUUCACCGGAGCACGUGGUUGAUGAAAACGCAAAGUAACCUAUCUGGUUUUAUUACUGUAAUAGUAAGCCGGUGAUGACCGGCCACCCACAAAUCCCCGGAGAGUCCAGAGCGGCGUUCCUGCUUUCCUCUUCUUCCUCCAAUCCACCGGUCAUUAAGUGACACGAGUAAAAAACCUGCAAAUGUAUGUCAUUUAAACUCAUUACCGCUGAUGCAAAGGGAAUUUAAAGCUCUUUAGAGGUGUCGUCGUGCGUCAUAUUUGCAUAUUGUAAACGCAGAACUAAAAUUCGCUCAACAACGGCGCAGUAAAGUGAAGCAGAGGCCGCUGUCACAAAGACUCUCCAUCACACUGUCAGAGGAGAGAAGUGACGCCAAGCUCUGAGGCAUGUCUGGGACUCAUCCACAUUUAUCACAUGAUCAAGAUGAAGGGAACAACUUAUUUUGAGAGAUAUUAGCAGCAGGCAAUAAAUUGUCUAAAUGAUUAGAUCGUCACUGUAAUGUGCUAAUUCCAAGGCAAAUUGGGAUUACUUUCAGAACCAGUUUGCUGACAUUUAGCAGAUCUGUUGAAAGGGUGCAGUACAAUGUCACAAGUUUCCUCUGUUG